AUGUCGUCCAACAACACCUCGGCCAGUGUCUCCAUCGAUAAGUUCGAUGGGGACAACUACUCAACCUGGUGUCGCUACAUGCGCGGCGUGUUUCUGACGAAGUCAGUCUGGUACGUCGUGAACCGCGAAACGUCUCCAACCUUCACCGACACGCGAGCUUCCGACGAGUACGUCAAGGCGAGCAACAUCGCGUUCGGGUUGAUGUUGCUCCACAUGGACGCCGACUACCACCAUGUGGUCGACAACUGUGAAGAAGCAUGGACAGCGUGGUCGCGGUUGAAGAUGCUCUAUGGUGGGUCGCAGAAGGCGGGACGCAUCUACCUCAAGCGCCAGCUGUUCAGCAUCAAGAUGGCGGAAGGUGCCAACGUCUUGCACCAUUGCAACGAAGUCUUGAACAUCGGCGCCAAGCUCAGCAGCAUCGGUGCCAAGAUGGAAGACGAAGACAUUGCGAUCUGCUUGCUGCUCAGUCUCCCGAAGAGUUUCGAGAACGUGGUUCUGAACUUGGAGAUGAGCAAUGCAGAGCUGCGCACGCAAGAUGUGGUCAAGGUGCUGACUAACGAGCACAUCAAGCGACAAGGCGAGAAGAUGACAACGGCAACGACAACGGUGAAGACUGAAGAUGCGACAAAGGCAUUCAGUACCGAGCGCAAGCCCUACCAAUGCACAUACUGCGGCAAGGUGGGGCACACGGCAGAGCGUUGCUGGACGAAGCAAAAGGAUGAAAGUCGAGGAGCCCAACGCGGCGGCAAUGGUCGUGGACGCGGGGCAAACAAUGUCCAGUGGCGACAUUAUGAUGAAGGCAACAGCUACGAUCGAGUGGCGUUUGCAGUUUCGUUCGAAUGCGGAGUUUCGACGAACAAGAAUGGACCAGGAAUGUGGGCCGUUGACAGCGGGGCAACACAUCACAUCUGCCACGACAAGUUCAAGUUUGCAAGCUUGGUCGAAGGCCAUGAUGGCGAGAUCCUGGUGGCUGAUGGCAACAAGGCGGCCAUCAAAGGUGUGGGGACCAUCGUGGAAAAGGUGAUUCUGCCAAACGGGGAAGAGCGCGAGAUCGAGAUCAAGAACGCGCUCUAUGUGCCCAGCAUGAGCAAAAAUCUGCUCUCGGUGCCGCAGAUUAACAAGCACGGCAACUUCCAAGUGGUGUUUGACGGGGAUACGAUGUACGUCGCUCGCAAGGAUUCCAACCAAGUGGUGGCAGCUGCGGAUCUUGUAGACGGACUCUACUGGCUUCGCACGACGCAGCGAUCGGCCAAUGCGACAUCACUCAGCAACGCUGUUGAUCUACAUGCGCGAAUGGGCCAUGCUCCAGUCGACGUGCUUCGCAGGAUGGUGACAAGCCACAUGAUCAAGGACGCUCACAUCCCUUCCAAGCCGAAUGGAUCAAGUGUGUGUCGAGGAUGCCAAGAAGGGAAGAUGGUCCAAAAACCAUUCCCCAGUAAUCGUGACAAGCGCACCUACAACACCUUCGAGAUGCUCCACUUCGACAUCUGCGGACCCAUGGAAGAAAAAUCUCUGGGUGGCAGCAAGUAUCUGCUGCUGAUCGUGGAUGAAGCCAGCGGAUGCAUGAAGGGUUUUUGUCUGCAUUCCAAGUCAGAGAGCGAAGAGUGCAUCAAGAAGUACAUCACGAUGAUACAGACGCAGUUCAACAAGAAGGUCAAAUUUGUGCGACACGAUGGAGCCCGCGAGUUUGCGACGAACUCGCUUCAAGAUUUCUACGAAGUCGAAGGCAUCGAGCAACAAACCACGGUGCCAUACGCACAUCAAGCCAAUGGAACUGCUGAACGCGCGAUUCGAACUAUCGUCACCAUCGGUCGUAGCAUGCUCCAUCAUGCCAAGUUGGACAAGUGCUUCUGGGCUGAAGCGGCAAUGACGGCCGUCUAUGUGAAGAACCGUUUGCCGUCACCCAAGAUUCCACACAAGACACCGUUCGAGAUUGUCUACAAUUCUAAGCCAAGUGUCAAGCACAUGCGCGUUUUUGGGUGCCAAGCAAAUGCGGGUUUUGGGUGCCAAGCAUACAUCUUGACCCCGAAGGAGAAACGACUCAAGUGGGAUCCCAAGGCCCGGGCUGGAUUGUUUUUGGGCUACGAAGAAGUGUCCAAGGCGUAUCGAGUUUACGACAUCGAAGCGGGGCAGGUGAUGAUAAGUCGCGAUGUCAACUUCGAUGAGUCGGCCUUUGGAAUGUCGAUGCUGAUUUCCGAUGACGAUGUUGAUGGCCUGGACUUCGAAUCUAUCGAUCUUGAUGAUGAAGAACCGCGUCCGAGACACUUCAAACAAACAGGAAAGCGCAAGGCCCAACCCAGUCACGACAAUGACGACGCAAGCAUGCCCCGAGCAGUGCGCCAACGACCCGGAUUGGAAGAGUCAAGUGCGCCGGAUGACCUCUCUUCACGUCGAGCCAACGAAGAUGAAGAAAGGAAGUCGGAGGAACAACAUGACACACCGACUUCCUCCGCGUUUUGGCAUGCGAGUGCAAACGCCGUCGAAGCAGCGGUCGAUUUUUCGGAGCCGUCGACAUUUGAAGAAGCAGUGUCUGGCCCGGACCAAGUACACUGGCGCAAGGCAAUUGAUGCGGAGCUCGAUUCGAUGAAGCUUCGCGGUGUCUUUCGUGCGGCCAAGUUACCCAACGAACAAAGCGCCAUUGGCACAAAGUGGGUCUUCAAGAUCAAGCGCAAGGCGGAUGGGUCGAUCGAGAAAUACAAGGCACGACUUGUGGCCAAGGGUUUUCGCCAAAAGUAUGGCAUCGACUACACGGAGACGUUCUCGCCCGUGGUCAAGUAUGUGACGCUGCGAAUGGUCAUCGCCAUUACCAAGCACUUUGGAUGGCCCCUCGACCAGCUCGAUGUGGUGACUGCGUUCCUGUAUGGAGUGAUGAAGGAGAAGGUGUUCUGCGCUGUUCCGGAAGGCGUCAAGAUGGAAGGUGAUUUCGACUGUCUCGAGCUGAUCAAGGCGAUCUACGGUCUCAAGCAAGCCUCGCGUGUUUGGAACGAGACCUUCGACGAGUUCAUACGCUCGAUUGGUUUUCAAGCGUCGGGAUUCGAUCCAUGUCUCUACAUCAUGACUUAG